AUGGCCAAACUCAUAGAGAAGUUUUGGCGUCUUGAAGAAGCGUGCUUUCAAGACUGGGAACCAAAGCAACAUGACGAAUGCGAGGCGGAAAGUCACUUCCGCACAACGUUAGAGAUCGCUCCCGACGGGAGAUACAUUACACGAAUGCCCCUACGGGGGGAGCCGUCAUCGUUAGGCGACUCUUAUCAACAAGCAUAUAGAAGAUUCACAUCGCUUGAGCAAAGGCUCAAGCGGAAUGCAGACCUGUACAAAGAGUACAGGGCAUUCAUGAAUGAAUAUGAAACACUGGGACAUAUGGUACCAGUCACCACAGAAGACUUUCACAAAGUAAAGUAUUUCAUCCCUCACUCGUGUGUGGUGAAACCAGAUUCAACAUCCACCAAGGUUAGGGUGGUGUUCGACGCAAGUGCAAAGACGUCAACCGGAGUAUCCCUGAACGAUAUACAAAUCGUGGGACCAACCAUUCAAAAGGACUUAUUUGAUCUGCUAAUUGAUUUCAAGACGCACAACGACGUGCUAGUAGCAGAUAUUGCAAAGAUGUACAGACAAAUUCACAUCGCAUACACAGACACUUGGUUACAAUGUAUUUUGUGGCGCGACAGCCCCAAUGAUCAAUUGAAAGCGUAUAGACUGACGACUGUCACAUAUGGUGAAGCGUCUUCAUCAUUCUUGGCCUGUAGGGCACUACACGAAGCAGCUGAAGAUUAUCGGUCGGUAAAUCCGAGAAUUGCCGACACCAUUCAACGAUCGUUCUAUGUUGACAAUCUAAUGAUUGGAGCGUCCAACGCAGAUGAACUGACGGAGACGAAACGAGAAAUAGAGCAUGCAUUGUCACUUCAUGGAUUUCCACUUCGAAAGUGGGCAUCAAACAACGCAAGCGUACUGGAAGGAAUUCCAGAGAAAGACUUGGAACCAUUGAUCCAAGUUGGUGACCAAGAGGUUAUAAAGACAUUGGGGAUAGCCUGGAACCCCAAAACAGACGUGUUCCAGUUCAUCAGUACGAAAAACAUAGGUGAAACAUACGAAGCGCUCACAAAGCGACAGAUGGUCUCGAAGAUUUUGAGACUGUAUGACCCAAUCGGAUUGAUACAACCUGUAAUCAUUACAGCUAAAAUAUUGAUGCAAGAAUUGUGGACUUAUAACGUCAGCUGGGACGAUGAUGUUCCAGAUCAAGCACUAAGCUCAUGGAAGAAGUUCGAAGCUUCAUUAGUGGAGCUCAGCAAGAUAGAAAUACCUCGGAUGUCGACUCCGAGUCAUACGAUCGCACUAGAUUUACACGGAUUCAGUGACGCCUCCGAAAAGGCUUAUGGAUGCGUCAUUUACUUACAUGCAAUCAACUUAAAAGGAGAAGAGAGUACGAAUCUCUUAUGUUCGAAAUCGAGAGUGGCGCCUUUGAAGAAGGUCACUCUGCCCCGUCUGGAACUCUUGGCGGCGGCACUUCUAGCAGAACUAACUGCUAAAAUAAAGAGCAUUCUGGCCGGUCGAAUCUCGUCGGAAUAUUACUACAGUGAUUCACAAGUAGCGCUAAGUUGGAUCAAAUCUUCAAAUACACGUUGGGGAACCUUCAUUAGAAAUAGAGUGCAGAAGAUACACUCCACCACGAAUCCAGAGCAUUGGAAAUAUAUAUCUACGAAAGAAAAUCCGGCUGAUAUGGUUUCGAGAGGAAUUCCAGUCAGAAAAUUACGCGAAGCAAAACUAGAAUUUUGGUUACACGGACCGGAAUGUAUACGAAGAAGACAAUAUUAUCUGCAGAGCGGCUACGAAUACACUGCUGCUGCAGAACAGGAAGAGAUUAAAGAACCAAUAACACGAUUGGUAGCAGCAACAGGAAAGGCAUGCGAAGACUUAAUCGCAAAAUACCCGCACCAUCACACUCAUGACAAAACAGUAAGACACUUUGCAUGGCUGUGUAGAGCCAUAAACAAUAUGAAGAAGGUCAAUAAAGACACAGGCAUCAGAAACGAAAAGAGAUCGGGCCCACUCACCACCACUGAAUUGAAUGAAGGACUAACACUCGUAGUCCGAAUUAUGCAAGCCACUAUUUAUCCAAAUGAAGUAGCGGAAUUACGAAAAACUGGGAAGGUGCCUACGAAAGGACCUUUCCAGCAUCUCAACGCAAUCGUCAGAAAUGGAGUCAUACAUGUCACAGGGAGACUCCACAAUGCAGAAAUGCCCAUCUCACAAAAGAAUCCAAUAUUGAUUCCCAAAUCGCACCCAUUUUCGAGGGUAAUAAUUCAAAAAAUACAUGAGGAUAGAUUUCACGCCGGAACAGAUCUGGUAAUAAACGAAUUUCGACAAAGAUUUUGGAUGAGGGAUCUCCGAAGGACCGUACAAGGAGUCAUUCAACGAUGCAUCUUAUGUGCCAAAGCGCGGCCCAGACGUUUACAGCAACGAAUGGGACAACUGCCCUCGCCCAGGGUAAAUGAAUCAGUAGCGUUCACUCACACGGGAGUGGACUUAUGUGGGCCAUUCGAAGUAUAUCUCAAUCAAAAAUCGAAAUGCAAGACCACAGCAUAUGCUUGCAUCUUCAUAUGUUUUGCGACCAAAGCAGUUCACCUAGAAGUCGUCGAAGAUCAGUCGACGGCAGCGUUCAUAUCAGCACUUCUCCGUUUCACAUCAGUGAGGGGAAUACCCGAGGUUAUUUACUCCGACAAUGGGCGGAACUUUGUCGGGGCCAGCAGAGAACUCAAUCGUUUACGAAGAAUAUAUAACAAUGAAGUUUUUCAAAACAAAUUAGUUGAUAUUGCGGCAACUCACAGAAUAAGAUUUUCAUUCAUUCCACCCCGAAGCCCCAGCUUUGGAGGACUUUGGGAAGCGAACAUAAAGGUAGCCAAGCGGCUCUUUAGUGCAGCGGCCAGAGGAGCACAGCUAAACAUCAUGGAAUUGCAGACACUGUUCUACCAAGUGGCCGCAAUAAUGAAUUCGCGACCACUCACACCUGUUUACACGACGCCAGAUUCACCGACCGCGAUCACACCCGGUCAUUUUUUGAUAGCACGCCCAAUGCUAGCCGUGCCCAUCCCUACGCAGAGUGAGGAUGGAAGCAAUCUCACAACCAGAUGGAAACGAGUACAAUCGCAGCUCGAACAAUUUUGGAGAAGAUGGAGAGACGAGUAUCUCCACCAGUUACGUGAUUAUGCAAAAUGGACCAAGCAACAAGCCAACGUUAAGGUAGGCCAAAUCGUAUUGAUCGGAGACGAUCACCUUCCCGUAGCAAGGUGGCCUAUGGGAAUUGUCACACAAAUACACCCUGGAGAUGAUGGAGUAGUCCGAGUGGCAGUAGUGCGAACCGCUACCGGAAUUUACAAACGCAACGUGCGAACACUUGCUCCUCUACCAGUCGAGGAGCACACCAUUCAACCCAUUAUAGAAGAGUAUGACAACACAGCUGAUAACGAACAGCAAUCUCAAGCCGAAGCAAUCGAACUAGAAGACGAUCCCCCUCCCCAAGCACCCCAAAUGAUUUGGGACGGUAGACUACGCCCUCGUCCCAAAGGGGGGAGAAAAUGGAAGUACACGAAAUCAGAUUGGGUGACGACCCUAUGA